CCGACCAUAGCGAGAGAUUGAUAGUUACGUUUUAGACAAAAAUGGAAAAUUGGUUAUUCACACUCCUAUGCACCCUCUUUGUCGUCUUCUUCCUUAAAUCUCUCGUCGCGUUUUUCUUCUCCGGUAAGAGGCUCCCGCCGGGACCCUUUACCUUUCCAUUGAUCGGAAACUUCCUAUGGAUGCGACGCUCCUUCUUCCUGGAACCCAUUCUCCGGGACCUCAAAUCCAAGUACGGCCCUCUCAUCUCCCUCCGAGUCGGCUCUCGCCUCGCGAUAUUUAUCGCCAACCAUUCUCUCGCUCAUAAAGCUCUUGUCCAGAACGGCGCCGUUUUCUCCGACCGGCCGGUUUCGGCGCCGGCGACUAGGCUGCUGAAUUGUAAUCAGCGGAAUAUCAGCUCCGCCGCGUACGGCCCUACCUGGCGCCUCCUCCGCCGGAAUCUUACGUCGGAGAUUCUCCACCCUUCUCGGGUUAAGGCUUACUCGAACGCCCGGCAAUGGGUUCUCGGAGUUCUCGUCGGAAAACUCCGUAACGACGGCUCUGAGUCGGGUGUUAAGGUGAUUGAUCAUUUCCAGUACGCCAUGUUUUGCUUGCUGGUUUUGAUGUGCUUUGGGGAUAAGCUGGAAGAAGAGAAGAUUAGAAAAAUCGGGGAAAUACAGAGAAAAUUCAUUCUCAGUUUUCCCCGAUUUAAUAUCCUGAAUUUCUGGCCCAGUAUUGGAAAGAUUGUGUUCCGGAAACGCUGGAAAGAGUUGAAACAAGUCGCCCUUGAUCGGGAAAACACUCUAACCCCUUUCAUCAAAGCCAGAAUCGAGGCCAAAGAACGGGGAAACGAAAAAGAUUUAGUCUUGGCUUAUGUAGAUACACUGAUAAAGCUAGAGUUGCCGGAGGAGAAACGGAAGCUCAGCUAUGGCGAAAUGGUGGCCCUUUGCGGGGAAUUUCUCAACGCCGGCACGGAUACAACCUCCACCGCGCUGCAAUGGAUCAUGGCGAAUUUAGUGAAGCACCCAUCAAUUCAAGCAAAACUCUAUUCAGAAAUCCUGGGAGUGAUCGGAGCACCGCCGGAGGAGGGGGUGAAAGAGGAGGAUUUGCAAAGAAUGCCGUACUUAAAAGCGGUGGUUUUGGAAGGGCUGAGACGCCACCCUCCGGCGCAUUUCGUGCUGCCACACUCGGUGACCGAGGAAGUUGAACUCGAAGGCUAUGUAAUCCCCAAGAACGCAGUGAUUAAUUUCAUGGUGGCGGAUCUGGGAUGGGACCCGAAGGUGUGGGACGAUCCGAUGGAGUUUAAGCCCGAGAGAUUCUUUAGUGAAGAAGCAUUUGAUAUAACUGGAAGCAGAGAGAUCAAAAUGAUGCCUUUUGGUGCCGGGAGGAGAAUUUGCCCCGGCUUGGCUUUGGCUCUGCUGCAUUUAGAGUUCUUUGUGGCUAAUCUGGUUUGGUUUUUCGAAUGGAAGGGUGUUGAAGGAGAUGAUGUUGAUCUUGCAGAGAAGCAAGAGUUCACCUUUGUCAUGAAACAUCCUCUUCGGGCCCAUCUCAACCCGCGAAAUCAACUCGUUUGAAGCUGGUAACUCUGCUAUAUAACAGCUCGAAAAUCACUUUAGGCUGUUCAUAGUUGACUGGCUCAGAUCGAGAAGGUCAGGAUUCAGGAGCCAACUGUCUGACCAACUCGACUGGGGUUAUCCUGGCACCUGCAUCUACUUGUGUAGUUGUGCUAAUAGACAUAAAUAAAGUUUAAUUCUUGUUUCCU